GACUCUAAGAUGGCUUGGAGGCUAAGCGACUUGGCUUGUGGCUCAAAUAGUGCGAGUUAGCAGUGUCAUGGGUUGAUGGAUUGAGUGACCCGGUCGGAUCAACUAUUGGAUGACAUGCAGGUCACUGAAGCAGGUCAAAAGAACCCAACUUCCUUUCCCAAGGCGGUGCCAUUUCCUUCAGAGUAUAAAAACCCUUUUUUCAAGCCCUCUCCUUUAUUUUCAUUUUUUACUCUCUCUCUAGGAAACUAAUAUCUAUUUUCUCUCUGUAGGUUUCAGAGGAAAUAAACCAAAAGCUUUAGCUUCCCAAAUUCUGGCUUCUGAGCUUCAGCCACGCCGUCGUCGUAACCAAUGAACACUGUUAUCGAUCGGUCACCGAUUCCCACCAAAUUUCACAGGCCUCCUUUUUCACAUGGUAUGGUUGGUUUCUUCAAAAACUCACCAGAGUUACGUGAUCCGAUUUUGAAAGCUGCAGGUUCAACCUUUGAGAUUUUUUCCUCUGACGCUCCGUUAGCCACUGCUUCAAGGUGUGUGUUCGGUGGCCAAGGAGAGCUUAGUGAUGUUGAUUUAGUUACUAAUUUUGGUGGUUGCGGGCUUAUGGCUUUCUCAGGAUUGGGUUUGUUUGCUGGGUUGGUUAGUAGGGAAUUGGGUUUAUUUGUGUGGGACUUGGUUCACGGUGGUGUAAGGUCUUUGAGUCUGUAACUCUGAUGCAAACAAGGUCAGGUACUUGGCUCUUAAGGGUGGUGGCAGUGGCCAAAGUAGGAGGAACUGUAAUAGAGAUUUGAGGGAAUUGGAGCGACAAUGGUUUGACUAGAAAUGGGGAAUAGCUUGAGGGACGAUUCAGUGUGGCUGUAGGUUGCUAAAUUGUUGAGUUAAAGUGACAGUAGGCUUAACUUGGAAAUUGUUGAGGAUGCUGUCGAACUUGGUACUUGCUCACUGGUUAUUGAAUCUUGCCUACCUAUUUUUUGCUUCUCACUACUGUGUUUCUCUGAUUUACUGUAAUUUUCGUCUCUGUCCCUGUGUAUAAUGAUUCCAAUUUAUAGAUGAGAAUCCAAGUCUAAAUAAUGUUUCAACUAGGAUUAAACUCUUCGAGGAGUUUAUCUGAUAAUUGG